AUUAGAUCUACAGUGAAUAUUAAGUGCAAAACAAUGUUUAUUAAAAUUAUCACUUAAAUGACAACUUGUCAUUUAAGCCUUACAAUGUAUUACUGAGAUAAAUCUGAUGUCACUAAAAAGUACCAGCGCACACAGUACGUAUAGGUUUAGUCGAUUACGUAGAGAAAUGUGAGAAGCGUGUACGUGUUGUAGUUCAAAAUGGAUUUCUCGCUGUCUUUUGUUAUUUUGUGUAUUUUUAUAACUGUGGUAUUAGUGUCGAUGUUUUUGUUUUAUAGCUACUACAGAAGAAAAGCCAAUUAUUGGGUUGGUCGAGGUGUGCCUUACGAGGAUUCCCAUUGGUACCUCGGUAGUUUCCUUGGCGUUCUGACCGGAAGAGAGAAAUGGAAUGAUACUUGUUCGAGGAUCUACAACAGUCACAGAGGAAGCAAGUUUGUGGGAGUCACGCUGUACGGAAUCCCCGGCUUGUUCGCCCUGGACCCGGAGAUGGUGGAGGCGGUAUUAGUUCAAGACUUCAGCCAUUUUCACGAAAGGGGGAUCCCGAAAAAUCCCCGGGAACCGUUGUCAAAUUCCCUGAGCACUUUGUCGGGACAGAAAUGGCGUUCUUUAAGAAACAAGCUGACGCCAGCGUUCUCGCCGGGGAGGGUAAAGGGGAUGUUUGAGCAGAUACUCAGAUGCGGAGACAGGAUAGUGGACAGAAUCGAAGACAACUCCGGUAAUGAAGAAGGAAUUGAAAUGCAGCGAAUUGUAUUCAAAUAUACGACCCAAGUUAUAGCCAGUUGCACAGCGGGAAUCGAGUUCGACUCUGACUGCGAACUGUGGAAAACGUUCAUGACCGUUGUUGAUUUAAUAACAAAAGCGUCCCCAAAGAAAAUGGCAAAGCACUGUUUAGCCAUUGCGUAUCCGAGGAUAAUGAUGUUUUUAAAUUUUCCCAUCAUAGAUAAACUCGUCACGGAUUUCUUCCUUAGCCUAACUCGGUCUGCAUUGAAGUUCUGUAAGUGCAGUAAAACCAAAAGAAACGACUUUCUACACGUCAUGUUAACCUUGAAAGACCAAGAAGAAUCGGACAAAGCCGGAGAUGUGGAAGGCGAUUUCGAUCAAUAUUAUCAGGGCGAAGAUAAACAGAUGCCAACAAACGAGGUAUUCACAGAAUUCUGCAUCGCAUCGAUGCUUUACAAUUUCGUUGCUGCAGGAAUUACACCCUCCGUAAAUACCAUCAGCUUAGCGUUAUUUGAACUCGCGAGAGAUCCUGGAAUCCAGAGACGGGCACAACAAGAGAUACAGUCCUGUAUCUCUAAAUAUAAAGGCCUCACAUAUGAGGCUACAAGAGAAAUGGUUUAUUUAGACCAAAUCAUUCAAGAGACUCUUCGACUUUAUCCUGCACGAAUAACUUUGGUCCGAAUGGCAACUGACAACUAUCAAAUACCUGGAACGGACUUAGUCCUAGAGCCUGGGGCUGUGAUAUAUAUCCCUAUAGCUGCCAUACAACGGGAUCCACAGUACUAUCCCGAUCCUGACACAUUUAAGCCUGAAAGAUUUGCAGGCAACAAUUACAAAUCCAGUGCUAUAUUCGCUCCUUUUGAUCACGGUCCAAGGAUUUGUAUCGCUAUCAAGUUUGCAGUGUUGACAAUUAAAAUCUGCAUUGCAAAGAUCUUAUCGAAGUACACUGUGCGGAUCGGCAGCAGGAUGCAGCUUCCUCUCCAGUUCGAGCAGAGACGUUUCAUCCUGAAGGUGGAAGGUGGUGUAUGGUUAAAAUUGUAUUCGAGGAGAGAUGCUUAACAAUUUACCUUAUUGCUUGCUAAAACAAUA